AUGCCUUCUAUCGAAUCAAUCAGAGAACAAUAUCCCUUGCAUUGGCUGGCUUGGAAUAAUGAUUUUAUGGAAUUAGAAACAGUAUUAUCAAGAAACGAGUAUGAUAAAGAAAAAGUAGAUUGCAGAGGAAGAACUCCUUUAAUGUUAGCUGUUACUCUUGGGCAUUUAGAAAGUGUUAAAGUAUUAGUCGAACACUUCACUAAUGUCAAUGCUGAAAAUAAUGAAGGUUGGACAGUAGUACAAGAAGCUGUAGCCACAGGUGAUCCCGAAAUGGUUCAGCUUUUGUUAGAAAGAAGAAAUAUGCAAAGGCAAUCUGAUAGAUUAGGAGGAAUCCCUCAUCUUUUAGAUAAAUUAAGAGAAGCUCCAGAUUUUUAUGUAGAAAUGAAAUGGGAGUUUAGUAGUUGGGUACCUUUGGUAUCUAGAAUGUGUCCAUCUGAUACAUACAAAGUGUAUAAACAAGGUUCGAGUGUUAGAGUAGAUACAACACUUUUAGGAUUUGAUCAAAGUAGUUGGCAACGCGGUAAUAAGAGUUAUAUUUUUGUAGGAGAGAGUGAUUCUGCUGUCAUGAUGGAGAUAGAUCAUGAAACGGAAGAGGUUUACAUGGAACAAAUGAAAAUAAUUCCAACUGAAAAUUUCAUGUCUUUCCACAAAACUGCAAAAGCAGUUUCAAGUAGAUUAACAUCUCCUAUUGUAACAACAUAUAUAGAUACAGAUAAAAUUAAUUUUGAAAGAAACAAAGCUGGUUUGUGGGGGUGGAGAUCUGAUAAAACAGAGCAGGUGAAUGGUUAUAAUUGUAAAGUCUUUAGUGCAACAAAUGUUGAAUUAGUAACAAAAACAAGGUUGGAACAUUUAAGUGAUUCCGAUAAAGAAAAAGCUAAAGUUCCAAAAUCAAGUUUACAAUCAUUUUUAGGGAUAGCCGAAACAGAACAACAGUCUUCAACUUCUUCAGAUCAAGAAAAUAAACAAUAUAGACCAGAAAAAUUGGGAGGAAAGGGGAAAAAAUUGGUUUUAGGAAAAAAAAAUAAGCAAAAUGAGAACGAUGAAAUCAUUUACUCAAAAAAUCCUAAUAAUAUAACUCCAGAAGAAUAUUUUGAUCCGUCCACGAGCCUUGAAGGACGAGACAUUGGACGACCAAAAGAAACCAUUGUCAAAGUUCAAAAAUUCAAAGCGAAUUUAUGGCUUUGCGAAGAAUAUCCUCUAUCGCUACAGGAACAAAUAAUGCCUAUCGUUGAUUUAAUGGCCAUUUCUAGUUCGCAUUUUGCCAAGUUGAAAGAUUUUAUACAAAUGCAGUUACCAUCUGGAUUCCCAGUAAAAAUAGAAAUACCACUUUUUCACGUUUUGCACGCUAGAAUAACAUUUGGUAACAUUUUCGGUUUGGACGAUGAAGUACCUGGCGUUCAAAGAAUAAACGACAAUGGAAAAAUAAAUUGUAUUGUGAGUGACAGUUGUUUUGAGCCUCCACCCGGAUACGCUAAAAUCGGAUCGGAAAAUAGAAGACAAUACAGUCUAGAAGAAGAAGACGAUUUAAUACAAUUUGCCAUACAGCAGAGUUUAAUGGAAGUCGGUAGCGAAAGAGACGAAGUCGACAUUUGGGAAGCUUUAAAAGCUCAAAAACCUUCUCCGCCAACAUCGCCUAAUUUGAAUUCGGAAGAAACGCGACAACUACAAAGAGCCAUUCAAGCAAGUUUGGAACUCAACGUGAGCGAAACAAGAUUUAGAAGUUGUCCAGAUGGAAGGGAAAUAAAUUCGUCGGUCAUUGACGAUGAUUUAUCACAAGCUUUAGAAUUAUCCCAGAGGCAACACGAAGAAGAAAAAAGGAGGCAAAAAGAAGAAGAAGAAAUUAUGAAAAGACAAAUUAUUCGAAUUUGCUGCGUUGGUGUUCGAUGUCAAAUUAUUAUUAUUAUUAUUAUUAUUAAUAUUAUUUUCUAA